AUGAUUCAAGCACAAGAUUGCACAUUCAAUAAUAUUCCUGAAUUCCUAGUUGAGAAAUUCAAUUUUAUGACCAUACAUGGAUGCUCGCUCACAAACACACGUAUUACGGCCAGUUUUGGAGAGUCUGCUGUCAUUCAAUUCAGCCGUGCCACAAGUUCCAGUAGUUUAUUCACUGUUAAGGGAGUUGUGAGUGUCACCAUUCAAUAUAAUGAAAUUUAUGACAAUUUUAUGCCUCUUGACACGGAUAGUCGAGCAAUUUUUGAUAUUGUACUCUCUGAUUUUGUGUAUGUGUAUCGAACGAAUAUUAGAGGCAGCUCCAAGAAAGCCAUUUACAUUGAUGAAGCCAACUCUAUUUUUGUCAGAGAGAGUAAUUUUGUGAACAAUCAAGGAGGAAUAUUCAUUAACAAAGUGGUACGAUUUUCGUCAGGAUUAGAUAGGAAUGUUGUAAAAAUAUGGAACUGUCAAUUUGUGAACAAUACUCAUUCAGGAGAUGGAGGAGCAGUCAAUAUUCCAAAAGCAGAUGGAAUUGAGAUUUUUGAUUCUAUCUUUUUGAAUAAUGUGGCACGAAAUGGAGGAGCAAUUUUUAUGUCUCAUGGUUUUGGAGAAAUUUCAAAUUGUACAUUUUCAAAUAAUGUGGCUCUAUCAAGAGACAGUAUUGGAACUACUGGAAAUGGAGGAGCAGUAUAUUUGAAUGACAUGUACGAAAUCAAUAUUCACAGUUCUAAUUUUAUUCAAAAUCAAGCCACUAAGGGAGGAGCAAUUUUCAUGUUGAAAAAGAAGGAUUUACUAUUUCUAGCUCUCCAAUUCAAUCUGGAUUGUGUUGACAACACAGCCAUUUAUUUCGGACAUUGUUUUUACUCAGACCAAUCGGUUGAUCUUUUUGGAUAUUUGAAUUUCAACAAGAUUCGUGGUGCUGAGGUUGGAAAUUAUCAAAUUUCUACAUCUUUUACUUCAAUCACUGGAUGGUCUUUCAACAAUGCCCAACAAACAAGAGAGUCCAAGAUUUAUCUAUUUCCAGGACAAGUCAUUUCCAUCUCAUUUGGAAUUGUUGACUAUUUUGGGCAAAACAUUUCUCGACUUCAACAACAGCCAAUACUCUCUGCAGAUGAUGACGACAUGAUUCUUCCAACUGUUGAUUUUUCCAAAAACAAUAAUAGUGUUGAAAGAUUAUACUUUGAAAUUAGAGAUGCAUCUGUGAAAUAUUUUAAUUUCUCAAUUUCAUUCCCUGGAACCAGCAUGAGUGCACCAACAUUUGAAGUGCAUGUACAGGAUUGUCCACCUGGUUUCUAUCUUUCAACCAUUUCUUCUGCAUCUCGUCGUCAUAUUUGUCAAAAAGAUCUUCCAUGGCCUGUGAUCAUUCCUCUCAUCGUUUUGGGAUCAUUGUUAGUUUUUUCUUUUGGAAUAUUUAUUGGAAUUGUGGUUCUGUAUUUUGGAUGGCGUAUUGUGACUCGAUUGAGACAAUUGAAUCAAAGAGAAAAAGCUGAGAAAAAACUGGAAAAGAAAUUAUUGGACAAGAAGUUUAUCUUUUCAGGAGAUCACAUUGAAUUAUCAAAUUAUGAUUUACAGACCAAAUUGCUUGAUGAUUCUAUGAUGGAUUCUACUGGAUCUAUUAAUAAGAAAGACAAGAAACUCGCUAAAAAAGAUACAUUUAUCAUUCCAAUUGACACAAUUGAUGUGAUUAAAAAGAUUGGAGAAGGUGCUAAUGGAAUUGUGUAUUUAGGCAAAUGGUCCGGAACAGAGGUUGCCUUAAAGAGUUUAAAAUUCGAUUCGAACGAUGAUUCGAGUCAAGACAACGAAGAGUUUGAGACAGAAGCCGCUCUUCUUAGUGAUUUGAGACAUCCUUCCAUUGUUUACUUUUAUGGAGUUGCCAUGAGUAAAUCUGUCAAGUACAUGGUUGUGGAAUAUCUCUCAAAAGGAUCUUUAGAUAAGGCAAUUUAUAAUUCAAAAAUGGGAAAAGAAAUUUUGACAUUGGAAACUAAAAUUUUAAUUCUGAAAAGUGUUGCAUCAGGAAUGAGUUAUCUGCAUUCCUUAAAGCCCUAUGCCAUUAUUCAUAGAGAUUUGAAACCUGCCAACAUUUUGUUAGAUGGAGCCAUGAAUGCUAAAGUCUCAGAUUUUGGCUUAUCCAAACUCGUGUCAACCAAUGCUACAGCCACCAUGACCACUAAUUUAGGUACCUUGUUUUAUAUGAGUCCUGAAAUUUUAGGUGAUUCGAAUGAAAAUUCCAUCACCACCAAAUUGGAUGUUUAUAGUUUUGCCAUUAUCAUGUAUGAAUUGUUUUUUGAGGAGAAUCCUUAUUUGGAUGCUCAUUCAGAAAAGAUUCAUCGAUUUACUCCAGCAGAUAAUUCCGACAAGUCAUCAUGUUUCAAUAUUCCAGCAAAAGUGAUUAAGGGUUUCAGACCUAAAAUUCCAUUUUCAAAUGAGGAAGAACAACGAAUUUGGAUUUCAGAGUAA